AUGCCCGCGCGUGUCAUCACAUGUGGUAUCUGCUUCAACGUGCUCGAUCACCCGCUGACGUUCGACUGCCACCACUCCUUCUGCACCGGUUGCGUCCGCAGACUACUUUCCGAGAAUGCGAACAACGGCUUUCAGUGCCCGUUAUGUGCCACUUCCUACACCGAGGUACACUCGCACAAUCUCGCGCAGUACGCUGACCACGAGGCGGAGGUGUAUGUCGAGGUACUGGCGCUCGGCACAUCCAAUUCGCCGAAGUGCCAGUGGUGCGAGACGACGUCUGCUAAAGUGCAGUGUGGUGAGUGCAUGUGCGUGUACUGUGAGGACUGCUGCAUUGCUGUGCACAAGAACAGCGCCAAGCGUGAUCAUGCCAUUGGCAAACUUAGCGAGUCGAGUCGUAACUUCAUCCCACGAUGCCCGCUGCGUGGACAUGAGGAGUACCGAGCGGAGUUUUUUUGCUCUCAGUGCCGGCAGGUGUGCUGCGCCUACUGCCUGCAGGUUGGGCCGCAUCGCGACCACCUCCACAUGACAGUGGCGGUGGCCGCUGCAGAGGCGCGACAGCAGCUGUCGCGUGACAUGGAAUCUCUCCUCGAGGUCAAGCACCGAUUAGAGCAACAGGCGGCGGAGAUGAAUCGCGUCUCGGUGCUCUACUCCGACACGUACGACGCGGUCGAGAACAUAGUGACAGAGCGCUUCGAGGCGUUCAAGCAGCAGCUCAUGCAGCGCGAGUUGGAGGUGCGGCGCACCCUGACAAACCUUCGCGAUAGCGGUGAUGCUGCGUUGACGACGUCGCGGCGGCAGUACCUCGACAAGCUGAACAGCGUCAACGAGACUCUCCUGCAGUUUCGAACGAUUCAUAACGGCGGCACAGACGACGAGGUGCUGAAGCGUCACUCGCAGUUUGGCAAGUGUCUCAACACGGAUCUGCCCGCCGUGACGGGGAGCGGCUUCAAGGUGGUCAGCCUGGGCGAGAUGACGUUGACCAGCCUCGACAUUGGCUUAGAUUUGCAAACGAUAGAACACAACCAACCCAUCUUCCCUAGACUGAACCGAUCUGUCAGGCAUAGCACGGCGAGCAACUUGUCCAUGAACGGCGGCUCUGUCUCCCCCUUCGCCGGAAAUACCCUAUCGACGCCGCUGCGACUCACCUUCCCCGUCGACGACGAUGUGGAGGCGACCGUUCUGGCCGAAGGAGUGCGACUGCGGUGCGUCGCCAGCGGCGGCAGGGAUACGCAGAUUGGCGUGCGCAGCAAAGAGAUGUUCCAAACACUCCUUGGCCAGUUCCCAGAGGACCGUAGUGUGGUGUCGUGGCAGGUGCGCCUCGACUCCAUUUCCGACACCUUCAUUGGCGUGGUCGAAAAGACGUCGCAGGCCUCAGAGGUACCGGAGGGGUUCUACUGGAAGGCGGCCUGCGCCGACGUGAUUGACGGUCGAAUCGGCCGCUACACAGCUGCAGUUCGCCGCCUCCCCGUGUGUCGAAACGGUGAUCGUAUUCGUUUCUUGUACGAUGGCGUGCAAGGCACCCUGCGAAUCGUCGUGAACGACAGUGACGAUCGCGGCGUCGUGGUGUCCGACCUGCACCCCCGCAUCGCUGCUUGCUUUAUCUUUUACCCCGGCGAGUCUCUCACCAUCCUCUUCUAG